AUGUCGGACAAGCUCGUCCCAGCCAACCCGGCUGACGUCAUGGUCAUCCGUGACCUCACGCCCAACAUCACGACACUGUCGCUGCCGUUCCUGCGUGCCGGUCUCUUUGAGAUUGGUGGGCGCUGCACCAUUGUGCGCUUGACUGGUGGCGGUGUACUCGUUUUCUCACCCGUCGCCCUCACGGCCGAUGCGGCCGCCGUCGUCACCCGGCUCGGCGGCAAGGAGGGUGUCCGGUACAUUGUCGCGCCCGACAUGGAGCACCACAUCUUUCUGUCGGAGUGGCUCAAAGCCUACCCGAAUGCGCGCAUUGUGGCGCCCCAGGGCCUCGCAGAGAAGCGCGCUGCCACGAAGGGCAAAGACCCGCGCGUCAACGUCGACGACGCCUUCUUUGCUGUCCUGCAGGACAAGCGCAAGCAGCCCAUGAGCGAGGCGCAGUCUGUCGCCCCCGACUUUGACGCCGACUUCGGCCUCGUGUACUUGGACAUGCACCCCAACAAGGAGGUUGUGCUGUUUUACCGGCCCGAGAACGUCUUGAUCCAGGCCGACCUCAUGUUCAACCUGCCCGCCAACGAGCAGUACCAGCGCGUUGAUCCGGCCACGCGGCGCAACACCAACUUCCUUAACCGCUUCUUCCAGGCUCUACUGCGGACCCAAGGCGAUGUCAAAUGGACGCGGCGCUUUUUGUGGUACUUUGCCAGUAGCAGCGAUCGCGUGCGCUUCAACGAGGGCAUCCGGGUGAUGGAUUCGUGGCCGUUUGAGACGAUUGUCCCUUGCCACGGCGAGACCAUCACCAAGGACGCCAAGACGAUUUUCCGCCGGGUGUUUGAAUGGCACCUGGAGAACAAGAAGAACUAA